GGUCAGCUUACUUGAAAUCUCCAUUGCUUUCUUUUGUUUCCUUAUCUUUCAAAUUUUCUUGAUCAGUAAGAAACCGCACCGUUCCUUUCUCACAAACUGGCCGCUCCUCGGUAUGCUUCCGGGUUUACUUCCCCAGCUCCCUCGUGUUUAUGACUUUAUAACUGAGGUUCUUGAGGAGGGUAACUUAAACUAUCUUUUCAAAGGCCCUUUUAUGGGGGGCAUUGACAUGUUGUUCACCGUUGAUUCUGCUAAUAUCCACCACAUCAUGAGCUCAAACUUUGCGAAUUACCCGAAAGGAACCGAAUUCAAGAAGUUAUUUGACGUUUUGGGAGAUGGGAUUUUCAACGCGGAUUCAGAGUUGUGGAAGGAUCUAAGGAAAUCUUCUCAAAGCAUGAUGAAUCAUCCCGAUUUUCAAAGGUUUUCAUUAGCUACAAGCUUGAGUAAGCUAGAGAAAGGGCUUGUGCCACUUCUUGAUCAUGCUACUAAAGAGAAACUCGUCGUGGACUUACAAGAUGUUUUCCAAAGAUUUACGUUUGACACUACGUUUGUUUUAGCAACCGGGUAUGAUCCAGGUUGUCUCUCGGUUGAAAUGCCGGAAAUCGAGUUUGCAAGAGCUUUAGACGAUGCAGAGGAAGCCAUUUUCUACAGACAUUUCAAGCCGGAGGUGGUGUGGAAGAUGCAAAGAUGGAUUGGGGUUGGAGAUGAGUUGAAGCUGAAAAGAGCUCACGCGAUUUUGGAUCGUGUUUGCUCUGAGUGCAUAGCUUCUAAGAGAGAAGAGAUCAGCCGAGGGAGUGAUUCUUCUUCUUCUAAAGAUUUGUUGAUGUCUUCUAUAAAUGUUGACACGACGAAGUACAAGUUGUUGAAUCCAAGUGAUGACAGAUUCCUUAGAGACACAAUCUUGUCCUUCAUGUUAGCUGGUAGAGACACGACAGGCUCAGCGCUCACUUGGUUCUUCUGGCUUCUAUGCAAAAACGAAGAAGCCAUGGCCAAGAUUCGUGAAGAAGUCAACACAAACCUAUUUCCAAGAAACAAGACUGACGGUUCUGUUUCUUAUGAUUCUGAUUCAUUCAAUCCCCAAGAGAUAAAGAAGUUGGUGUAUUUACACGGCGCAAUUUGUGAAGCCCUCAGGCUCUAUCCACCUGUUCCCUUUAACCACAAGUCUCCUACUAAACCCGACGUGCUUCCAAGCGGCCACAAAGUCAAGGCUAAUUCGAGGAUUUUGUUCUGUCUUUACUCAUUAGGGAGAAUGAAAUCGGUUUGGGGAGAAGAUGCAUUGGAUUUUAAACCGGAGAGAUGGAUUUCUGAGAGUGGAAGAUCGGUACACGAGCCAUCUUAUAAGUUCUUAUCAUUUAACGCAGGUCCAAGAACUUGUUUGGGGAAAGAAGUGGCUAUGACGCAAAUGAAGACAGUGGCUGUGAAAAUCAUACAAAACUAUGAGAUUAAUGUCGUUGAAGGGCACAAGAUCAAGCCAGCUCCUUCGGUUAUUCUCCACAUGAAGCAUGGUCUUAAAGUCACAGUCUCUAAAAGAUGUUGGUCUUGAAUGUUUUAACUAUAAAGUAGAAACUGUGGCUGUUGAUGUAGAUGAUUUUUAUGAUAUGAGGAAAUCUCAGGUCAUCUUGAAAGUCAUCCAAUAAAAUAUAAUUGUUAAA